UCCAACUGUCUUCCGCACGUUUUUCUUUUCUAUCUUCUCGCAGAGGCAGCGUCAGACCGUUUGGCGUUUAUCCUCGUGUGUGAGCGCGUGUGUGUGUAUGUCAGCGUCGUUGUUGUUGUAUCACCACGUUGUUUCGUUGUCCUGGCAGUGCGACGGUUGGAGAAAGGCAGAGCCGCGUGGAUCCAUAAAACGACGUGGUGGGCAUCUCUGCCCUUCCUGCUCUCUCUCUCUCCUCUCUCUUGUUUUGGUUCGCGACGUUGAAGAACCAUAGUUUGGGCUCUAAUAUGGGGAAAUCGUUCAUGCAUCAUGAUGAUCUUGCGCAGAGGAGAAUCCUUCGGGAUGGGAGAUUGGCAAGAUCUCAAGCUGAUAUUCAUGCCCAAGGGAAAGAGAGAAAUGAGAAGCGGGUGGUUUCCUCUUCCUCUCUCUUUCUGGCAGAGACGUUCUAUAUUGUAGCAAGUGAGCAUUAUCAUCUCCCGGUCAUAUUCGAAAAUUCCCACAAUAGAAGAAGAGACAUACAUGACUCGGGCAGCAGAUUUCCGUUCGAACGAGAAUGGGGAAAAACCCGGAAGCCGUUACCUUUAUACUCAUCGGCGACAGUUUUUCUCAUUCCACCCAGAUUUACCCAUCCAGAGAUGUGUCGCGGGCAGGUAUACGAGCCGACGCGAAAGCACAACACCUGGGCGCGUCGCAACAAGCCUCACAGCGCACGAAAUCAUAACAAACCUCGUUGCUCACCGUCCUUUCUCUCUCUUCCUUUCGCCGCCGCCGCCGAGAUGACACUUCAGCAUUGUGUCGGAGAGCUCCUUGUAUCGCCGCCCGGCAUCAAUCAUUCUGUGGUUGAGCAGGCCGUGUGGCAGGACAUAAUAGCAGGUUCUCUGGGGUCGCGGAACUUCGGAUCUCGUCUUCCCCGGAGGACGUGUGGUCGAUUGCUCGCGCCGCCGUGCUGGGUGAUCACAUGCAUGGUUGAUGGGCUUGUAUUUAUCUUGGCCGCAUCGUUUCUGCGUGCUUGAAAUUGAAGACGAUGGGGAAAUGGAGGAGGAAAACGACGGGGCAACAGUGGGCAGUUUUUUUCGAAACGGGAGGAGAGAGUAGCGAGGCGAGGUCGUUGUCGUUUUUGCCGGCGCUACAACGGCGUGGAUUCCGCUUUUCUCUUCCUCUUCUCCUUCUUCUGGUCGUUAUUGCAAUUUCGUCAUCGGAGGACCAGAGACAUAGACAGGUGAUGGAUGGCUGGCGUUCACUUGUAUUUCCCCUAGCAAGAAAAACGACGUUCCUAUCCGACCCUUCACUACAGUAUCAAUCAUACAGCGCCUCAAACUCUAGGACAAUGAAAGACACGAAUACUACGUC